CCCCCUCUCACACCCCUUCCAGGAGGAUGGGCUCAGACAGGAAGGGCAGCUUGGCUUGGCUUGUGGGUUAAGACACUGGGCUGGGACCCAGGAGAUUUCGGUUUCAGUGCUCAGCUCUGCCACUCUCCCCUGUGUGAGUCGCUUCGUCAGAGAAUGAGCCUUCCUUGCCUCACAGGGCUGCUGGGAAGAUAAAUGUUUUCAUGGGGCUCAGAAGCCAUAGGGAGUGGGGCUGGAUAAGUGCCUUGCUAGGCAGGGGGAGAAAGUAGUAUGUUCCCCUCUCACCGUGCAACAGAAUUGGAAGGAGGAGGCUGGGACAGAGCCAUGACAGAGUCCAUCUUGCUGCUGGAACGAACAAGAAGUAGUUGCCGGUAUCCCAGGGACUCAGAUGAACUUUGAGUCACAAUAAUUUGGCAUCUCAUGAGCGUGGCAGUGAGAGAUCCUCCACAGAGUAAGGCUGGUUGGAAACCAUGAUAUGAACUGCCGUAUGUACAAGCAAGGCUGAUGUCUGCCUAGUAGGGGGCUGUGAUGGACAUGUGCUCCACACACUGCUUGUGAAUACACACUGUCUACCCGUGCACAGACACCACUCACGCAAACAACACUUGAAUGCACAAAUUUAUAUGUGAUGGCUACUAUUUUGGCCAACAUAUCAGGGACUGAACAGGGAACUUUGCGAGUUUCUACAAUUUAAAGAGCCAAGCUCACGGUCUGAGAGCUAUAAGAAACACACACUCUCUGGGUUGGGCGCAGAGGGAGAAUUCAUAACAUACGUGCAUGCACAAGACCAGGUGUAGGUACAGAUACACGUGCAUCAUUGCAACUCUGAUAUUCAGCGACUGCAUUUCUACCUGUGCUUGUUCAUUCUACUUGUCCCUACUGCUAACCUUCAACUGAGGCGUCUUCUCUAUCAGCUAAUCAUGAGGUUAUUCAUCAUUUCCUGUCAAAGUGUUGUGCAAGCAGUGCUGUGUUCCACUUCAGUAAUGGGGAAGUGAUUUCUAUAUAACUUGGAAAGUAUUUGGAAAUUUAGAGAAAUAUAAGUGGUUCUUAGCCUUGGCCUGAAAACUGCAACCCAUCAAUGUACUGUAAAAUCAUAGGAAAAUGCCACAAGAUUUUGGGCCAGAGUUAGAUCUUGGUUACACUUGCUGUAAAUCUGGAGUAACUCCAUUGAGGUUACUCUAAAUUUACACUUGUACAGCUGAGAUCACUGGGCCCGACACUCAGUAACUGUCAAAGUCAGUAAAAUCACACCAGUAUCAAAUUGGUGUGAGAAGAGAAUUGUACCCAGAGCCUAGCAUGUAACUUACACCAUGGCUGAGGUCACUGGCGGUCUCUGUCCUUUGGCUUUUAUGUGAGGCUUUAAAUUCUAUUUGCUGUAGGAAAAGGAAGAAAAGCCCUUUUACAUUCAGGGACAUUCUGUAAUUUCCUUCCGAGAUGGUGAAAUUUCAAACUGGGCAAAACUUCCUUCUCCUUUUCAUUUACUUCAAGCUAGGAUCUUUCCAUGCAUGUUGAGCUCCUACUGUCUAUUCACCCAAAGAUCCAGGAUGCUCAGCAGAAAGAUGAGCCUGAGGAUUCUCUUUCUCUUAGCUGGCUCUUUGGCAGAUCCCAGCCUAACUCCCGCCCCACUUUUUUACCUGGACAUGACUUCUGAUCCCCCUGCCCAAGGAGACUCCGCCAGGCUCAUGUGCAUCGCGCCGAAAGCCUACGUGGACAGUGAGUUCUGGUUGCUAAAGACAGAUCUGGCUCAGCCUGUACAGACUCUGUUUGCCUCGGAGGCCCAGCACUACGUCACUUUCAUCCUGGAGAACAUCACCAGGAAGGACGCUGGGCAGUACCGAUGCAAGUACUACAGCUACAACGGAAGUGCCAGGCAGAUGUCAGAGUUCAGCAAUAUGGUGGAGAUCGCGGUGGCAGGUUCCCCGUGGCUGCUCCCUGUGUCCCUCAGCAUGGCUGGAGCUUUGCUUCUGAUCGUGGGCCUAGUGGUAGCAGUCGUGGCAGUCAGGCGAGGUACGAGGAAUGUGGAAACUGGAUCCUGGGCUGCCUGUGUUAACAUCAGAAGACAACAGCUGAAAAGGGAUCGGGAAUCAUGCUGGACAGAAACAAGCUUUCCCACAACAGACAUGUCGUUUGAUAACUGUCUGUUCACCGUCUCAGCGAAAAUGGACCUGGAAGCCACAGGCAGCCAAGAUGCCUGCAUCUCCCCAGGCUCCAGGAAAAGACUCAGCUCAGCUUCCUCUCUGGGAACCAACAGCUUCAGCACAUUCAAGUCCUUGCAAUGAUGGCCCGGGUGGAGGCUGGCCCCAGAUGCUCCAGCUAGUGACCCUGGCCCCAGGCCCGGCCCUGCCCUUAGUUCUUCCUUGGGCUCAGCGUCUCCCCCAGAACGAAGCAUCUGCCAGAGGGGCCGUUACUGGGGGGUGAUUAUACGUCUUCUUCAUUGGGAGGAGAAUGAGCUUCAGUUAAGCCUUGUGGCCCGCUGUGCGCCUCCAGGGCCACGUGACAUGGGCAUCAUGAAAGGACACCCAGAAUCUAGUCUACCUCCCGCAUCGUGAGCAGCAUCACCGGCUUAGCCCUGGCAGCUGCAUCAAUCCCUGGGCUGAUGCUGGAAGCAGGAAGAGCCCAGCUGGGGUUGCAUAUGGUGGGAGCAGGAUUUGUGUGGCUGGCAGUGGAUUCUUCCAUUGUAGCCAGAAUGACAUUCACACCAGCCAGCCACCCCUUUUUACCCCUCCACAAUCCCCUUCCUCCAAGCAGCGCUUCCCCAGGGUGACCCGAGAUGGGGGGAGAGCCAAAGACUCCAUCAAGCCCACUGCCAUGAAGGCUGUCGGCAGGCUCUUAUACAUGGAAGGUGCUCCUGGAUUGUGGUGAUGAGCAGCAGCUCUAAACCUGAGAUGGACAGAGGAUGCAGAUAGGAAUGGAUAGAUAGAGGGGUGUGUCUGUGGACGGAUGGCUGGGGAUGGACGGAUGUGGCUGGAGAUGGACAUAUGGGGACAGAUAGAUGGGUGUGUGGGAGUGGGGAUGGAUAGAUGGAUAUGCGGCUGUCUGGGGAUGGACAGUUGAAUUUGCACACCGAACACAUUUCAUCUGGAAUCACCAAGAGAGAAUGAGUGUGGAAGCCCCAAAGGAACUGCUUUCCCACCUAACUCCCCCCAACUCUAACUCCCUCUUCUUUUGCCUGUGACUUUCACCAAGGGGGCUGUUCAGAAUGUUUAUACGUUUGCUUUUUGUUUCUGUAGGAAGUGAGUGUGGUCUAGCAAUUAGAGCAGAGAGCCAGGACUCCUGGGUUCUAUCCCCAGCUUGCAAUGUGACCUUAGGAAAGUCUCUUCGCCUCUCUGUGACUCAGUUUCCCUAUCUGUAAAAGGGAUGAUAAUUCCCCCCCUCGAGGAUUGCUUCCCAGGCUCUUUGAAGAUAUUAAGCCCUAAGUAUUACAGUGGCUCCAGCUGCCACUGGAAACUGUAAGGUCAUUUUCUGAUUCAAUAAAGAUGUAAAUUUGU